UUUUUGUCACAACAUGUUGAUAAAAUACUAUUUCCAUUUUAUUUAUUCACAAUUAAUUACUGCAUGUAAAGACAAUAGUUUAAUAUUUUAAAAAGCGUUGAACAAAAAUGGCUGACAAACUAUUUGUGCUCGAUGGAAAACGAAUGGAAUUUAAUCUCAUAGGUUUUGAAUUCAAUGAGUAUCACGCGCUUGCAACUUCUAUUGAGCGUCAUGGCGGUGAAAUCACUUUACCGCAGUCAUUCAAUGCCAAUGGAAUAACAAUUAUCAAUCCGAGCACUUGUCAUUCUGUAAAUUAUCUACAUGACAGUAUUAAUAGUGGCUUGCUAGCCGAGUUAAAAAACUACUGCAUUAGUAAUCUUAUCAGUAAUUUCAAUCAUAAUGACGAAAGUACAAUUUCUAAUGAACUAGGAAUAAAAAUAAAUAUUAGUGAUGAAGAGGACAACAGAAAUAAAAUAAUUUCAGGUACUGCUUUAUCUAGUCUAUUCGCAGAAGAUCUUUGUCCAGCAGAAUCACCAGAUCUUUUAGCUUCGGAAGAUGACUCCCUCGCUACUGAUAACGAAAUUUCUGGUGAUGAUGGAAGUAGUACUAAUGCUUCAAUAUUCACAAAUAGUGAUGUGACAUUCGAUGAAGAAAUUGAUAAUAUAAAUUCGGCAUCAAUAGAAAAAAUAGAAAAAAAUCCACUCACAAAACUUCUGUGUAGAGAAGCAGUAGUGCGAUGCGAAAAAUUAAUAAUUGAUAAACCAGAAACACCAGUGGUAGAAAAAAAGUAUCCGUCCAUUGAAAAAGCCACAGAAAAAACAUCAGAAAAUAAUCAUAGAGAUGUAGAAAAUUUAUCAGCACCACAGAGUGAUGAAGAUGAAGUUAUAAAUGAUUCAGAUGAUGAUAUGUUUAUAACAUAUGAAAAUAAAAAUAAAUCACGUAGAAAUACUGAAUCAUCUGAUGCUUCUUUCCAUGAAAUUUUUGAUAAUUCUUCGUCUGAGAGAUCCAGCCAAUUCAGUAUAGAUUCCGAUGUAUCUGAUACAUUUCCGGCGAGAAAAAAGAAAAAAAUGAUACAUUUAUCUAGUGAAAGUUCUUCCGAUCGUGAUUAUCCUAGCAGGUCGAAAAAAAUAAAAAAAAGCGAUCGAUAUCUAGUUCGUUCGAAAACUAAAGCAGCUGAAAAAUCGUGUCCGAAUAAUGAUAAAAAAGUCCACGAUUCUAAGCCGAGUACAUCCAAAGAACCUCAGCUAGGAACAUCGAAAGAAAUAAAUAAACAUUCUAAAGACUCUGGUAAAAAAACAAUGAUUGUAAUGAAUAAAAAAGUAUAUCCAGGCUCACCAUCUUCUUCCAAUGAUGAGUCAUUUGAAACAAGAAUCAAUAAAAAACGUUAUUCAAAACGAAGGUCACCAAGAAACACUAAUUCGUCAAGUAAGUCACGCAUUAACAUCGAUCGAGAUGUACAAAUACUGGAUAGUGAUUCGGAAAUUGAUGAAAUAAUCAGAAGUCCGCCGAAAAAGUCUCAUUUAAAAAAAUGUUCAGCAAAACCUAAUGGCUUACCCGCUAAAUUAUCUGCUGCAGACAAUCCGCAUAAAUCAACAAACCCGAAAUAUAGUAAACUUGAAGUGAAAAAAGAAUAUCGUAAGAAACUUAAGUCAAAAAUAAAUCCCAAUGGAGAUAUCAUAGAUAUACAAGAUUCAGGUUCAGAUGAUAAUUCUUUAGAUAAAUCAGUCAACAAUCGCAUUAAGUGGUUGGAAGAACGUAUAGAUGUUGAAUCGAAUAUGUUGAAUCCAAAAAAUAAAUCUGAUAAGAAUAAAUCAUAUGAACCAUGGGAGCAGACCGGGAUGCUGUGGUACCUGAUUAAAAAUAACCGACUUCAUGAGGCGAGAUCUCUCAAGGUUUGGCAAGACAUGAUUGAUGAAGGUUAUUUAACCAAUCGAUCUGCGAGGGGAUUACUUUUCUGUUUUCUCAGAAUGCUCAACAAACUCGAAGAUUAUAAUUUGCCUGAAAAUAUCCGUAAGCAGUUAGCGAAUUCCCAUAGUUGAAAAAAAUUAUUUUUUAAACUAAUAGAAAAUUUUGUUAAGUUUUUAUAAAUUACUAAAGUAAUUAUAUUCAAGUGUAAAUAAAAGAUGAAACAAAAAUUCAUAAUUAAGUAUAAGGGUAAAAUAUAUAAA